AGCAGCUCUGCGAAUCUGAUUGAGGUUUUAAGGACAUCAAAAACCACUGGUGUCAAGAUGAUAUUUGACUUGGAAAGACACCGGACAAAAAGGUCGACUUUCUUGAACACGGGCGUAAAAGUGUGUCCUCAGGAAACCAUCAAGGAGGUGAUAGCCAGCCACCAGGCGUAUUACAAACUGAGAGUCUGUCAGGAGGCCAUCUGGGAAGCAUUCCGGAUCUUCUUUGACAGGAUCCCUAGCACGGUCGAGUACCACAGAUGGGUCUACACCUGCCAGUUUGAGUCCCUCUGCAUUGCUGACUUGGCCAGAAACUUCAGUAACUCCCAGGAGCACAUAGAUAUGGUGCACAGAAGGGUGACUUUGCGGGAUGAGAAGCUCCGGGGACGAGGGGGGGCUACUGUAAAGGCUGAACCCACGGAUAAGAUCCCUCAAAUAACAGGUCCAAAAGAAGCCCAAACUGAAGCUUCAACAGAUACCCCAGCCUUUAUAACCAGCCUGCCCGGUAGUCCCAGCACCCCCAGUGAUGCUCCUGGUGUCACUGAAGUUGUACAGGAGUUGGAGCUUCCCAACCUUGUACCGGAGCAGCCAGUGGAGAUGGUGGUGGAUUUCAGCAUCACCCUGAUGAGGCCAGGGUACAGUGAACUCCUGAAUGACCCCGAUGACCUUGAAUACAAUGACCUUACACGCAAACUGCAGGACCAGAUGCAGAAUGUUUUGCAGAAGCUCCCAGGAUUUAAGGAGAUCAGGAUUUUGGGAAUAAGCGAGGCACAGGAGAUUGAUGGGGGUAUAUCAGUACGUUAUACCGUUGUGUUUGAGACGGAUCCUGAGAAUGCUGAUGACAAUGGCAUUGGACAAAAUGAUGGGACAGUGAUCCCUUCUGUUGAAACCAACCUGAAGCUGAUGAUAGAAAAGGCACUGACAGAAGAUCCUUCCCUGGCAAAGGAUCUCAGGUUUCUAAGAUUUGAUCCAGAGAAAAUAAUCCUGCCAACCCUGUCACCACCUACAGAAAGUUCAGAAGAAGUCAGUAAUCUAGAGCCGGGGGCUGUCACACCUGGCCUGACACCAUCUACAGAAGUGCCCAUCAUCACUAUUGAGGAGCCCAACUUAGAAGUCACACACACCUCAGUGGAGACAGAAAAUUCCUCUGAAAACACCUUGGACUCUUCAGCUGGUAAAGAUUUGAUGAAGCACACUACCAUGAAAACUACAGUUCUGGCUACUGCAACAGACAAUGAAUGGGCACAUGCUGAAAGCAGCACUCUGUUCACAACCAAUGUGACUCUGGAUGAAUCAGACCUUUUGUCUGAACAUGGGUUUGAGCCAACGAACAUAAAUCAGACAAGAGAGACAUUAAUAAAUGAACCAGAUGUGGUUGAGCCAAUCAUCACACACGUAACAGAAUCCAUACUAGAGGACAACAGCCAGCUUAGAAGAGACUUUGUUCCAACUAUGACUCCAGAAGAGAAUACUCUGGAGACCCCUAAUUUCAUGUCAACUAUUGUGCCAUAUGAGCAAAACUUAAUAUCCAGUAUUUCUGAAGAGAAAGAUAUUGUUUCACCUUUGGCUGAUUUAGUUGAUCAGUUGACCACCAUUCCUCAGCGUGAACUUCCAGUUACUGUUCCAGAAUAUGGCUUCAUCACUCCAGCUGGUAACAUAAAUGAAAUUAUUUCAGAAGAAAGUGCUGUUUUUCCUUCAACUGAUGAAGCUUUUGAUUUUAAAGGGACUGUAGCUAUGAGCAUCACACCAAUUCUCCUUACCACUGCUACACAGCAUCUACCCUCGCAAAAGGAACUUACAGAUACGUAUGACUCCAGAAUGCCUGUCACUACUCUAUCUGCUCUUACACUACAACCACCAACUGAAGCUAUUAAAGACCUUAACCUUGAAGAAGAAACUGACAUCCUUAGACACAAUGAAGAUCUAUUGCUUGAAGAAGAUGUUGAAGACCUUCAACGUGGGAUGGAAAUGAACGAGAUUCAACCCGAGGCUGGCACUGUAACAGUACAUCCUGAGUAUACUACUUUUGGCCUGCUCUCUGAGGACAAUAAACUUGUAUUUGAAGACGGCACAGAGAUUAAAGAAUUUCAGCCUGAAACAGUUACUGACUCUAAUGAUGUUCUUGAGCCCAAGAACACUACUGAUGUCAUUCUGUCUGUGGUGGACAAUGCCUAUGACCUCCAGUCUAAGGAAGACACGAACAAGGACUUCAAGCCUGAGGAAGAUACUGAGAAUGGAGACUUUCACCCUGAAACAGCUACAAACAUUUUUGUUCCUCCGCUUGAAAAAAUAACUAUGGCUGAAGACCGAAAGGUUGAGAUAGAUGUUAACACUUCAGUUCUUCAGCCUGAAGAAAUUAAUAACAUUGAUGACUUUCAUCUUGAAGAGAAUACAUCCCCUACAGUUUUUCAGCCGAAGGACAUUACUGAGUUUGAAGACCUUCAUCCUCAAGAGGUUACUGACUUCAUAGUAUCUCAGUCUGAAGAAGACACUGAUUAUACUCCUCAUCAGCCUGUAGAGGUUAUUGACACAAAUAUCCAUGAAAAGAUUACAUAUACUACAGUCCCCCCUGAGGAGGUCAGCGUUGUGACUGAUUCAUUGCAACACAACAUAGCCCAAGAGACUCCAUCUCUGGGGCAGGAGGAUGAAACUGAUGAGACUCCAACAUUAUCAGCAGCAGAGCCCACAUCAGCAAAGCCAAGACCUGGUUUCACAGCAACUAUGUCCCUAGGUUCAGUCUUCACCCCUGAAUCAACUCCAUCUGAACACAUGGGACACUUUGAGGUGAUCACUUCAACAAUCCUGUUGGAAUUACCGGCUGAAACAGAGGUCACCAUGGAGGCCACCAGCGUGGGGCCAACAGCCACAGAAUUUGUCGCACCUGGCACACCAUCAACUACAGCUGCUGUCCUUUUGACCGCUUCAGCUGGACACCCUAUAGCAGAAGCAACAAGGUCUCUCAAACCAGAGGAGGUCACUUCAUCUCUGCCCAUUCUGACCACUGUGCGUAGCUAUGAACCUCCUGAUGUUUUCAGCGUUGAAGAGGAUGAGGAUAGUGCUAUUCAGACCGAUUCCCUUGUUCCAGAGCCAGACUUACCCAUUGACUCAGGUGUGCAGGACAUUGCGACUGAACUGGACCAGAUAGACGUGGUGAGCACAGAAACCAUAGACAUGCUGGACUACGGCAGUGGUUUCCCUGAAGAACACCCCUUCGAGACCACUGUGUCACCACCACUCAAGUACCUCACCACUCCUUCCAUGACCACAGCCAGCAAAGGAAGGGAACUAGUGGUCUUUUUCAGCUUGAGAGUCACAAACAUGAUGUUUUCCGAUGACCUGUUCAACAAGAGUUCCCCUGAAUACAAAUCGCUUGAGAACAAGUUCCUGGAACUGCUGCUUCCAUACCUGCAGUCCAACUUGACGGGAUUUAAGCAACUGGAGAUCCUCAACUUCAGGAAUGGUAGCGUGGUGGUCAACAGCAAGAUGAGAUUUGCCAAGUCUGUGCCAUACAACAUCACGCAGGCUGUGCACUGCGUCCUUGAGGAGUUCUGCAAUGCGAUGUUUAAGCGCCUGAACAUCGAGAUUGACAGCGGCUCCCUAGAUGUGGAGCCUGCUGAUCAAGCAGAUCCGUGCAAGUUUUUGGCCUGCAACGAAUUCUCUAGCUGUGUGGUAAACAGAUGGACCAAGGAGGCAGAGUGCUUGUGUGACCCCGGCUACAUCGUGGCGGAUGGCCUGCCCUGUCAGAGUAUCUGUAGCCUCCAGCCAGACUACUGUCGCAAUGGGGGGCAAUGUGAGAUAAUUCCAGGGCAUGGAGCGGCUUGCAGAUGUCCCGUAGGUAGUCACUGGCAUUUUCGAGGAGAGCACUGCGCUGAGCUGGUCUCGCUACCUAUAGACCCCUUGCUUUUCACUGCCUGCUUUGUGGGGUUCUUCUCCUUUGUUUUUGGGGCGAUAACUUUCUGGAUAUUCAUACACAGGAAAUGUAUACGGACCAGAAAGACAGUAUCUCUGGUAAAAACUCACAGUCCUUUUACAUUCAAGAGCGCUGUGAGAGUAAGCCCCGUUUUUGAAAGUGACGAUGGCGUCUUGCACUCCUGCUCGGGGGUCAUUGCUGGUUCCUCCGAGCUUGCAGAGGAAGACACGUUAGACUCAGUUGAAAACGUACACCUCAUUAUCGAGGCACCCAGACGGUUACACAUUGCCAGGCCUGAUAAGCUAAUCUCUGAAAUGCUUGAUACUCAUCAUUUCACACGAAACCACGAGACUUGGCGAUUACGGAACGAAAACUGGACUUUGUGUUGCCUGCGAAGGACGACGACGACGACAACAGACUCUAGCAGCUACGAAGUGACCGUCUUGUGAUGAUUGGACACUGCAUUGGCAACAGAACCUUGUCACACACCAACCCACCACCCAAGAUGGCUCCAGCCCUGCUUCUGAACAUUUCUAGACCAUCUGGGUCUCCUUUUCCAAUUCCGUAAAGCAUCCAUUUCGAUGGCGGCCGCCCUGGAUGGUCCCCAGCUGCGUGGAUAGAGGAAAAGACUGAACAGGGAGUGGGGGGCUUGGAAGCAGCAGCAGAACGGCUUCGCAAUUGAUCCGCAAAGUCACGUUGACAAUGAGAUGGACAGCUGGUGACAGUUUUGUGUUCUGCUGUCUGCUGUGUACGGGGGUAGGAAUACAUUUUUCACAGGUGUACCCUUGUUUUCCUCACAAUGAGGUGUUUACACAAGAAAGGAUGUAUAACACUGUCACAGGAGAAACCGCACCACCACAGUGAAGAUGACAUAUGUUGCUAAUAAUUCUUUGCUGCUGGGGAAAAAAUUGAAUGUAAAAAGUGUUCUGUUUACUCAAUUUUGGCAUUUUGUGGAGUUUAUGUAUAGAAUGUUUACAGGGCUUAAAUAUAUUACUAUUUUUUUUCAACAAUGUUGGGCCAAAACCUAGUUUUGCUUCAUGGAAGGCAUGAGUGGGCAAUAUUUUAGGUCCAACCUUACA